GAUGCCUGUCCAUCACCAGAAGUCAGACUCUUGGGAGAUGGACCCUGAUUCACUGCCCGGCUGCAGGCUCGGUGACCUGAGCAGAGGGAGCAGUUUGGAGAGCCGGACCAGCAGCUCCCGUUCCAGAAGCCUCACUCUGGAUGAUGAGAGCCUGAGGUACCUCACACACGAGGAAAAGGACGUCCUCCUGUUUUUUGAAGAGACAAUUGAUUCCUUGGAAGAUGACUUUGAGGAGCAGGUCCUGGGUACCGGUGACACCCAGUGGCACUCUCUGAGGCCUCUGGGAGAGAGCACUUUCGCUCCCUCCCAGCCAGAGGAUGUCGUGGACUUGGUGCAGCCGGGCCCUGGAGCCGGGGAGCCUGAGAGCCUUGAGGAGGUGAAGGAGACCACAGGGGCUGUCCCUUUUGGAAAGGAAGACGCCCCUGACCUUGAACCCAAGAAAGAGGAUGCAGAGAAGUCUCCCCCAUCAGACCCCCCAGGGCCUGAGGCCCUGCCAUCUUCCCCACCUGCCUCACCUGCAGCAGCUCUGGACCACCCCAGGAGAGAGCCCCCCACUCCUCCCGCAGAGCACCCCAAACUGACCCGCUCGGUCCCCACUCCGCUCGUCAUCGCCCAGAAGAUAUCUGAGAAGCUGGCAGGGAACGAAGGGCUUUCGCCCACAUCUCCGUCCAAAGAGGGCAGGCCUGCAGAAUGGAGGACGCUGGCUUCUCUGGCCCCUCGACACGGAGACCACUCACCGUGGCACCGACAUGUGGCCCAACCAGCGCCCAAGAUCCACCGCUUCCCGAGCAACAUCAGCGUGACCAACAGCGCGGGGAAGGACUUCAAUAAGACCAUCUCCAAGGCCGCAGUCAACGUGCAGGAGCGCAAAGCCCAGGUCCUGGCCAACAUCAACGGCGUCUCCUUCCUCUCCUUGGGGGAGACGGAGGACCGGGCCCAGAGAGGCGAGCCCACCGAGCAGAGAAGCGUCUCUCCCGAGCAAAGCCAGCCAGGCCCGGCCCAGGAGGCUGUCCCCACGCGAGAAGGGGCCCGCGGCGCCCAGCAGUCCAGAGGCGUGCAGACAGAACAGCCCUUGCCGCUGGCCAACGGCUUCCAGAGCAUCCACGACAUCCUCAGGAGCCAGGCCGGGCCCUUCGUCUCCACCGGGAAGACGGUGACCUUCCGUCCGGACCCGGCCCUCCCCAGCAGACUUGCACCCCAGCAGCCGGACUGCGGCCAGGCGGCCAGGAAGCGGUCAGGCUCGCUCCCCAGGGCUGUAGGGUUCAGACCCCAAGGCAUCACUGUCCAGUUCUCGGGCCGGGGCUCCACGGAGGAGGCCCGCCGGGAGGCCCUGCGGAAGCUCGGCCUCCUGAAGGAGAACUUAUGAUGGAGCGCGAGCGGGCGCCGCGGAAGGCAGGGUGGUCUGUUGCGCAGAGCCAAAAAUGGAUGUGCACAUGCGCGCAGCGCAGCUGCA